AUGGCCGUUUUUCAGCGUCGAGAGAUCGGUGUGGAAAGAAUUGGCGUUACUGCAUCAGUUCCAAAUAAUGAUAUAGCAAAGUGCAUUUACCGCACAUUAACUGAUGAUGAAGAUGAAAUUGUGUUCAAACUUUGUUUAGCCCUUAGUCCGGACGUACUCGAUAAUAAAGUUUUCUUUCACAGUGAUGCACUAUGUGGAAAUUCAGCCAAUCAAUUCUAUGAAUUCAGUCAAAUUCGUCAUCAACUUAUGACUGUUCAAUCGAUUCUGAUUGCUGGACGAUCACAGCAAGUAAAUAAAAUCAUGACUUAUACAUUGUCAUGGAUGCAAAAUAAUUAUUUUGGUCCAAUGAGUCGUUUAGUUGAUCGAUUCAGUCCAGAACGACGAAUGAUGCGUGCGAUAGCUGAAGCUGAUUGUGUCAUUUCAUAG